CCAGCUGUUUCCUGACACUUGUAUGUGUUUGCUAAUAAUAAAUAAAUAAUAUUUAUUAUUAAUGGUUGAAUUCAAUUUUAUAUCUGAUUUUUGGACAAAGUGAAUGGCAAUUUCAAUAGUUUCCAAUUGCGUUGGAAGAUUAUUUAAUGUUUCAAAAAAUUUCCUAAAAAGAUGAAUAAAACAUACAAUUUUCAAAGAGAUUGUACAGAAUAUUGCAGAUCAGUUAUACAUGGAAAUUUAAUAAAUUCUGCAUUAACAGUUCUGGAUGUAUCUGGUCUUCAAUUAUGUUCAUACUUAAAUUAUAUUUGUACCAAUUGUGAUUCGGUCAAGGAUUGCUUGGGAAGAACAGCUCUACACUCAUCUGCAUCUUAUGGAAAUUUGCAGGUUGUUAAAUGGUUAUUGAAAAACAAAAACGGGAAUAUAAAUGCUAGAGAUAAUGAAUCUGGUUAUACACCUCUACAUCGAGCUUUAUAUUUUGGUAGAAUAAAUAUAGCAAUAGAAUUAUUGAAAGCUGGUGCUGAUCCUACACUUCUUGAUAGAGAUGGAUUGACUCCUAUAGAGCAUGUCAUUGAAGACGGACUUAAGCCAAAUGUUACCUAUGGAACUUUAUAUACUUGGGGCCUUAAUAAUAAUAAUUCCCUUGGAUCGUUCAGUUCAAGGAGUGCACCAGAAUGUUUAGAAAUUUUUCAUAAAAAGUAUCCUAGUGAAUUUGUACAACAAAUAUGCAUUGAUAAGUUUCAUAGCAUUAUCCUCACUAAAACAGGAAAGGCUUACUCAUGUGGCCAUGGGUUAGGGGGGAGACUGGGUUUGGGCACUGAAAAUACUAUUGUAAAUCCUACACUUAUUAAUUUUCCAAGUAAUGUCAGAAUUGAGGCAAUUAGUAUUGCGAAAGAUCAUUCGUUAUUUCUCUCAAAUAGUUAUUUGUACUCAUGUGGCUUGAAUCUGUACAAAGUACUUGGUAUUGUUCCUACUCCAGAUAAAACUGUUUCCCCUGAAAAAGUGAAAAUUCCAUCCAAUAUUAAUGGUAUAAGUGCGGCACGUUACCAUUCUACUGCUUGGACUUCCAAAGAUUUAUAUACUUGGGGUCUGAAUGGAGGUCAACUAGGUCAUGAAUAUAAUCCGGGAAAUUUUUUUAUCGUUAUUCCUAAAAAGGCAUCUCUUAUAAAUGUUGGAGACUCUUUGAUUAGCAAAGUUGUUUCUACUGAUGGUGCAAUUGCUGUAAUGACCAGUAAGGGUGACGUUUAUGUUCUUCAUGAAUAUCAAUGUAGGAAAAUAGCAUCAAGGUUAUUAGAUAUCAAAGACUUGGAUAUCAUUGGUGGAAAAUUAAGCACAUAUUCACAUGAAAGUUUGAAAAAUGAAUCCUUCAAAGAAUUGAAAGUUGUUAUUCUUACCAAGACGGGGCACUUGUUAUUAUGGCAGGAAUCAGAUCCACAUCUUUGCAAAUGCAUUUUUUCAAUUCCAAGGGUUCUUUAUGUAACACAUGUUUCAAUUAACUAUAAUGGCAUCUUAUUUGUGAACAAUUUUGGAGAAUCUUUUACUGGAGUGAUCAAAUCCAGGAAGAAAAGAAUAUUUUGGGAUAGAAAGCAGUCUCUCUUGAUGCCAAUAAUGCCCAUCACGGUAUCUAAAAUCCCUAGAAUAUAUAGAGCAAUAUCUAUAGUAAGUGAUCCAAAGGGUGAAGAUUUUUGUGUGAUACAGCAAAACCCAUAUGGUCCCCAGAUUCCAGAACAAAAUGAUCUGGAGAUGGAUAUGAAAAAGCAUCUAACUGAAUUACUGGAAGAAGCAACUGAAGAAGAUAAUAUUCACGAUGUUGUAAUAAAAAUAAACCACCAAUUAUAUCCAGCUCAUAAGUAUAUUUUAGCAAAUGAAAGUAAUUUAUUGAGUUUUUGUGAUAACAAAAAUGAAAUAAUACUGAAGGACAUUAACAUAGAUCUUUUCGAAGAAUUAUUAUUAUAUAUUUAUACUGGCACAUGUACUUUAUUGGAAGUAGGAGAAUGUUCAAAAAAGUUCAUGAAGUACUGCAUAAGUUACAGUGAUAAUGAAGAAGAAAUUAACAAGACACAAAAUACUUCACAAGAUCCUAUUAGAAUCUUACAAGAGUUAUCAAAACGUUUUGGUUGUAAGAAACUUCAGAGAAUUCUGAGUGAUUACUACAUGCAAAAUAUUUAUAUAUUCAGAAAGGGUAAUGAACAUAUUGAAUCCAAGAAUUAUCUAAGGAAAGAUUUUCCUGAAUACUAUGACAUCACCAUAAAGUGCAGUGAUAGCAAAGAGAUUAAAGCACAUAAAUGCAUUUUAGUUGCCAGACUGGAAUAUUUCAGUAAUUUAUUUGCAACCAGAUGGAACAAUGAUACUAAAAGUAGUAUUAUCAUACCAUACCCAAGUAAUUUGGUAGAAGCCCUAUUAGAAUUUUUAUACUCAGACUCCCAAGAUUUCUUAUCAAUGAAAGACGGAGAUUUUUUAUUGAAAUUACUAGUUUUAGCUGAUGAAUAUUUGGUGGAUAAACUGAAAAAAUAUUGUUCAAGACUAAUUCUCAAUAUUAACUACUUAGAUCUCAAAAAUGCAGUUGAAAUUUUACAACUAGCUCAUCACAUUAAAUCGUGUAUCUUAAUAGAAGGUGUUAUGAAAUAUAUUGUGAACAAUAUGGCCUACUUUUUGGAGACUAGGGCUAUGGACGAUCUCUCUGAUGAUAUUUUGACUGACUUAUCAAUGUAUUAUAUCACAUACAGACAAAUAGAUCGUCGUUAUCUAGCCUACAGUGCUGCUUCGGUUUUUGCUGAGGAAAUAGUUGAUAUACAUAUGAAAUAUCCUGUGAACUUGGAAAUUUCUGAAAAGAGGCACAUUGGAAAGACAAUACCAAAAUUGAAACGAAGACCUAAACCAUUUAAGAGUACUGUUAAUGAGGACAAUCCAAAAAAGAAUUCUGAUGAUGAAGAUAAACCUGAAGAAAUUUUUACUGAGCCAUAUUGUGUACCUGAUCUCUGUUAUGAAAAAAUGAAGGCUGAACAACGAGUGUCAGCGAUUUGUGCAGCAAUAAAAAAAUUAAAAACUGCUACUGAUGAACCAGAUUUCAUAAAUUUGGGAAGUCUUUCCCUAUCAGAUACAUUGGAUAAUUUUCCACUAUUGAAUAGUCCGCCAGAGAAUAAUUAUCAUAGGCGAAGUACUCCACUAGAAAGUAGUUCACCCAAUCAGGAGAAAUUUAUGAUGAAGAGACAUCGAAUGGUAAGAUUGUCUCAAAAGGAGAGAAUGAGACUCUCUUCGGAAAGCAAAAAAUCUGCAGAGGCUACUACAGAAAGCCCAAAAAAUCCAUGGAAAAUCAUUUCUCCUGAUGUUUCCAAAAAUAUAGCAACUUCACCAACAGACUCAACUUUCUGUGAUAUUUUAUUAGGUGAGAGGAAAUUGAAAGAGAACUUGGUUAAAAUUUCAAAUAAAAAGCUUGUUCAUACUCAGCUCGAGGAUAAGGCAAUAAUGGAUUUGGAGAAAUUUUAUAACAUAAAUGCAGUAGAAGAUGAGGUUAUUACUGUUCAAAGGGUUGAAAUUGGUAAUGUCGCCUCCCCUGUUUGGGUUCCUGGCAAUAGAGUUCAUUGCAGUCAUUGAAUAGUUUGUGUUCUUCCAUAUAAAUAUUUUAAAAUAGAUACCUUUAAUAUUAAAUGAGUGUACAGGA